GACAGCCGGGCGGGCACUGGGGCUUCGGUGGCGCCGGCCGGGGGCGGGACAGGAAGGCACGGGUGGCACCGCAGCCUGGCCCGGCGCGGGGAGAGGGCUCUGCCUGCCGUCUCCUCUGGGGAGCCCCGCACCCCAGAGCCCUGCAAGGGACACGUGUCAGCACGUUCCCGCCGUUGUCAUCUCAUCCCAUGUCAUAGCCCCUCCCCCAGGCCUGGGACCUCGGCCCCAUUAUGCUUGGGCCCACCCCCACGCGCUGACCCACAGUCCGGCCCAGACCCUCUCCUGUCACCAUUGGCAGCGAGCGCCCAGGCUCGGACCCCCGCAGGAAGACACUCGUCAGCACGUUCUCACCGCUGUCAUCCCCCUGCCUAGCUCCACCCUAGGCCUGGGAAUUCCGGGCCCUCUGGCCCUUUGUCCCUGGGCCCGGCCCCGCGCUGUCCACAAGCUCGGUCUUCGCCCCUGACCGGCGCGUCUCCCCAGCGACACGCCCCAGCCUGAGAUGCAGCCUUCUGGCUGGGCGGCAGCCAGGGAGGCGGCCGGCCGCGACGUGCUGGCCGCCGACCUCCGGUGCAGCCUCUUCGCCUCAGCCCUACAGAGCUACAAGCGCGACUCGGUGCUGCGGCCCUUCCCCGCCUCCUAUGCCCGCCACGACUGCAAGGACUUUGAGGCUCUGCUUGCAGAUGCCAGCACGUUACCUAACCUGAAGGAACUUCUCCAGUCAUCCGGAGACAAAGACAAACGGGCCCAGGACCUGGUGAGCUGGAUCUUAUCUUCAAAGGUCCUGACGAUCCACAGCGCAGGGAAGGCAGAGUUUGAAAAGAUCCAAAAGCUGACAGGUGCCUCUCACACGCCUGUCCCCACGCCGGACUUCCUGUUUGAAAUUGAGUAUUCUGAUCCAGCCAAUGCCAAAUUUUAUGAGACCAAAGGAGAACGAGACCUAAUCUACGCCUUCCACGGGAGCCGCCUAGAAAACUUCCAUUCCAUCAUCCACAAUGGCCUGCACUGUCACCUGAACAAGACAUCGUUGUUUGGGGAGGGGACCUACCUCACCAGCGACUUGAGCCUGGCCCUCAUUUACAGCCCCCACGGCCACGGGUGGCAGCGCAGCCUCCUCGGACCCCUCCUCAGCUGUGUGGCCGUGUGCGAGGUUAUUGAUCACCCAGAUGUCAAAUGCCAAACCAAGAAAAAAGAUUCCAAGGAGAUAGAUCGCAGAAGAGCAAGAAUCAAACAUAGUGAAGGAGGAGAAAUCCCUCCAAAGUACUUUGUGGUCACCAAUAACCAGCUCCUGCGAGUGAAGUACCUGCUGGUGUACUCGCAGAAGCAGCCCAAGAGGGCUUCCAGCCAGCUGUCCUGGUUUUCCAGCCAUUGGUUUAUGGUGAUGAUCUCCCUGUACCUGCUGCUGCUCCUCGUAGUCAGUGCCAUCAACUCCUCUGCUUUCCAGCACUUCUGGAAUCGUGCGAAGAGAUAAUCUUCCUGGGCCUGGUGUGGGAGCCACACGUGCCUUAUGAUACAUUGUUCUGUAUCCGUGCACCUUGCGUCCAGCCAGGCUGAGCCUGGAGGCCACUUGGGGACCACGGGGCAAUUUUUGUAUGCCAUAAAUGUAUCCAUUGCCUUUGAUGAUGCUCCCAGCCACACUGGUCCAUGGGGGACCACUGGUCCCUCACGUUUAGGUUUUGAGGGAGCCAUCCUGUCUGCUCCUUCCCAAUCCAUCCUAGGGAGGUGGCUUUCCAGCCAGAGCCAAGGGAAAAGUCCUGCUGUGUUUAAAAACAAAGUGUCCAAGCUGUCAGGGGUGUGUUUACAAUGCUCCUGGCAGAGGUCGGCAGUUUCUCUAAUGCUUUCUGGAAGGCGGAAAAUUCGUAGUGGGGGCCAUAAAUCACGAAGCGGUUGCCUUGUUUUGACUCGAGACACCCAAGAGGAACAGUUAUGUUUUUCAUAAAAAUCAGUGGGAUCGGUUUUGAAUUCCAUCAGCCUCUGAAUGUGAGUGCAAAACAUCUCAGUAGUUUUCUCAAAUCAACAGAAACAACUUUCUGCUGCAGCUAUGCCCCCAACCCCAAAUCAUGGCUGAGAAAGGAAGGAGCCAGAGGCCUCAUAAAAAACACCAACGUAACAAUGAGCAACUCAAGGCAUCUUUUUCUAAAAAUUACCAACUGCUGAUUAUAGCUGAAAUGGAACCAAAUGUUUGUUUUCUGAUUUUUUUGUUUUUUUUUUGGAAAGCUAUUUGACAAAUUAGGCUUUGUGAGCUAAGGAAAAGGGGAAGUUUCUAAACUUAGAGCACUAUUGGCCAGUGCCCAUAGCCUGUUUCCUGGCUGUUUAUAGAGAAAGGGACCUGAGCAGCAGGCUUGCCUCCUGUUCUCAUUCUCAUGAAGCUGCCUUGAUUGCACCUGCCUGACCCCCGCAGGCAUUCAGGGGGCUGCUGGCCUUUGAGACAGAGGCCUGCCACAGAGUGCCAUGGUCUGAAUGGGCUGAACCUCCCUCAGAGGGAUGGCAGGUCUGUGGGGACUCAGCCUGGGCUUUAAAUGUGGAGGAAAAGCCCUCUUUGCUGUAUUCUUUUCAUCUCCCUUCCUGCUGGGUUUCAGCCACAAUGGAACCCUGUCUGAUUCAAGGGAGAGAUUUCUGUAAAGAAGGAGAAAAAUCACUUUUUCUAUUAAUUUGUAAAGUUGUGAGAAAGCCGCUCUCAUGGUUUUUCCAUUGAAUAUUGGAACAUUUCAAAAACAAUAAAGGUACUUUCUAAUGAGCAGCUCGCCUUGGUGACUGCUGGCUGCCUCGGUGUGA